AAUUUUCUGUCGUUCUUCCAGCAAGUGACGUGAUAUUCGAAGUGUUGCUCCGCGCGGACGCGAAAGGAACGCCGCGUAGUGUGCAGUCGAGAAAGUGUCUCGGAAGUGAACAGGCCCGAGAACGUCAAGAUGUCGUUCCUUCGCGGUGUGAUGAAGAAGACCGGCGUUACGGGACACAAAGACGACGCCGGCAAGGAAAACGGACAACCCGCGCUUCACGGCAACGACGCCAAACCGUCUUCGGACGCCACUACUCUGUGGGGGACGCCGGUAGUAACGAAUGGCGGCUGUGUUGCCAACGGGAAGCAACAAAAUGGCGGCGUUGGCAAUGGCCACGAUGGCGUCGGCAAGCCUCAGCAGCCGCCUUCGCAGACGCAGCAGCAACCGCAAAUCGUGCCGGUGACGAGGCCCAAGUUGCAGUUCCAUUGCCAGUUGGCCCACGGGAGUCCGACCGGGAUUCUGGCCGGUUUCUCAAAUGUCAAAGAGCUUUACCAAAUGAUCGCCUCGUGUUACAAUCUUCCUGUAUCUGAGAUCCUCUUCUGCACCUUGAACACGCACAAAGUGGACAUGAACAAGCUCCUCGGGGGACAAAUCGCACUCGACGACUUCAUCUUCGCCCACAAAAAAGGACAAGCCAAAGAGAUUGAAAUAACGAAAAUAGACGACGCCCUCGGCCUGACCAUCACCGACAACGGGGCAGGGUACGCGUUCAUCAAGCGCAUCCGCGACGAAAGCGUCAUUGACAAGAUCAAACUCAUACAGGUGGGUGAUCAUUUGGAGCGGAUAAACGACAAAUCCCUGAUCGGCUGCCGUCACUUUGAAGUCGCCAAGAUGUUGAAGGACAUUCCCAAGGGGACGAACUUCGUCAUCCGUCUCAUCGAGCCUCUGCGAGCCGGCUUCGCGAAUAUUGGGCCAAGGACUGACCCGAGAGGCACCAAGAAACCGGGCUACGGGUCCGGGAAAGAAACCCUUCGCCUGCGCGCCAAUGCUCCGGCCACCGUUCAAGAAGCUCCGGACGACGUCGUGGAGAGUGCCAUCUCGAAAAUCAACUCCCUGCUGGAGAACUUCUUGGGCAUCAACGACUCCGACCUUGGCUGUCUUUCAUCAACCCCAAAGUGUCACUAUAACGACGAGGAGCUUGAUCCCCGGGUCGCGGGUUUUGCUCCAGGCGAGGAUCAGGUCUGGUUCUGGUCGUUGAUGAUGACGGUCGUGGCCUACGAUGAUCACCGUCUUCUUCGACCC